CGGGCUAAAGACCAAUGGAAAAGUGGCCCAACCCAAUAACUCCUGUUAAGAGCUUCAAUUAGGGCUUUUCUCCUUCUCUAUCUAGCUCGCUGCUCUCUGCAAUAACCCUACGCCGUCGGCAUUCCUCAAGGUGAAUCGGGAAGAAAUGGCGGAAGCUGUCGUAGCUGCUGUUGCUCCUCCGGUGAUCGAGGAAGACAAGAUUCACACCGGCGUUUUGCUCUUCAACCGUUGGACCUAUGACGAAGUCCAGAUCAGUGAUAUCUCUGUGGAAGAUUACAUCACUGCCACUGCAGCCAAGCACCCCACCUUCAUGCCUCACACAGCUGGAAGGUACCAAGCUAAGCGCUUCAGGAAGGCUCAGUGCCCCAUCAUUGAGAGACUUACCAACUCCCUCAUGAUGCAUGGCCGCAACAACGGAAAGAAGCUCAUGGCUGUUAGGAUUAUUAAGCAUGCCAUGGAGAUCAUCCAUUUGUUGACUGACCUCAACCCCAUCCAAGUCAUUGUUGAUGCAGUUAUCAACAGUGGGCCGAGGGAAGAUGCCACCCGUAUUGGGUCAGCUGGAGUGGUGAGAAGACAGGCUGUGGAUAUUUCUCCACUGCGUCGAGUCAAUCAGGCUAUUUAUCUGCUCACCACCGGUGCCCGUGAAAGUGCAUUCAGAAACGUCAAGACUAUUGCCGAAUGCCUUGCUGAUGAACUAAUCAAUGCGGCCAAAGGUUCUUCAAACAGCUACGCCAUAAAGAAGAAGGAUGAGAUUGAGAGAGUUGCUAAGGCUAACCGUUAAGAGUCGAAGCAGCAACAAAACACUUUCCUAGAUUACAUAUGCUGAACCAGAAUUUAUUUGUCUUCAAUGUUCAUUUUUGUUGAGAUAUUAGAACUUAUUUUAUGUUAUUGCAUAUCUUUCCUCAAGUAUAAUUUCGUUUUAAGCUGUUAGUAAGCAAGGAAUUUGAUGCAGUUGGUUUGAGUUAUCCUAUAUCUUUAGGGCUUGUUCUGUUUGUCAUAUAGGGGUCAUUUAAAUUAUGUAUCUUUACCUAUCAUGCAGUGUUGUUAAAAUCGCGCCCCGAGCGCGGCUGGGUCGCGGGUCGCAAGGGUCGAGACCGACAUCGCCCCGACGCGGCGGGGUCGUGCGAGAUCCGUGGAGCGACGGUGGGGCGCGGCUGGGUCGUCUGGGUCGCCGUGGAGCGCCUGGGUCGUCUGGGUCGCCUGACUCCCGGUUUAUGGAGGAUUGUUGAUGGUUGAAGAGCUUGGGCAGAAAAUUUUGAGAUGCAGACAGAACCAGAGAAGGGAACGAAAAAAUAGAGAAAGAAGAAGAGAGAAGAAGAAGAUUGCGGCGCGGUGAAGAUAAAAUUAGGUUUAAAAUUCAAUUAGUAGUAUGAUAUAUUGAUGGGCUGGGCUAAUCAUAUACUGUGUAUUUAUUUUUUGUACAAAGUCAUGAUUCAAUAAUAAUAUACGCGAUGAAAUUGCAAAUUUUGAAA